AUGUCUCUCGAUAUCAGCAAAGAAGACGCUGUGAGAUUGAGGGAAAUCGAGGUCAAAAAAUUGGUGGCCAAUGAAUGGAAGGUAUUGCAUGAAGAGCUGCCAAUUAUUCAGAAAUCAAAAGGUAGAAAGGAUAUCAAGGAUAUUCCUACAAUGAAUAGAAUUAAAGAAAUAGUCCGCCAAAGAAUUGGAUAUGUUGCUACAUUCAUCUUCUUACAUACUGUUGGUACUAUCUGUGGAUGGUUAGAAGGUCCUUAUCGUAAUGUGGGCUCACCACCAUCAUCAUCAGCACAAUCAACAACACCACCACAACAAACUCAUUUCAACUUUAACCAUGAAUUUCAACCCCAAUGA